AGUUUGUUUGUUGCUGAAGUGUGUGAGCGGUACGGUUCUCUGCAUCUGAAUAGUCAUCGUAUGUUCCCCUACAAUUCAGACUGCUUGUGGGCGAGUAUCGCAGUAUAUAAAGAGUGACUGGCAAACUGGAGGCGCUACUUUGCGUGGAGGAAGAUUUUGUUUCCCACACAAAGAUCUUGCAAAACAUAUUUUAAUAACAAUCACAGACAGGCGGAUGUGGAUACAGACGUAAGCAAGCUAACUAUAGAAUAUCUCCGAGAAAAGGAUGUGACCUACUCAGAAUAAGACUGUCCUUAGCGUAUUUCCAGAGCUAAGCCACAGCUGAGACUGCGUUAGCUUAUCUACAGGUGAUCACAAUUGCAUUCGGUGUUUUGAAGAUUAGCCACUAUUUUGGCUGCAUGCAUUUGCAUUUCUUCUUCGCGUAUCAUAAGAAAGAAGACUGAGGUAAAACCGGUAUGGCUGUUUUCCUGCUUUUCCUACUCUUGCAGGUACAAAUAGGAUUUGUUAUUGGAUCAAAUCAUGGAUUUGAUGGGCGGGCUGUGCACCACAGGGAAAAGACUAUUAAAGGAAAGCAACCUAUUUAUAACAGUCAUAUGAACAACCCGGAAUACCAGCAGUAUACGUCUUAUUUGAUGAAAUCCACCACUGAUCGUCCUGUCUUGGCACAGAAAAUAGAGGGAGAUCUACCCAGGGUCGCAACGGCUUUUCUUCAUACAGGGGAUUCUUCUAAAUUGAAAAAUGUCAACUGUUCCAAGGGAUACGAACUGGGAAGUCUACGGGGCAUGUCACACACCGCAUCCCAUUCCUCUCUGCAUAGUGCGCUGGAUACGGUGCUGCAUGCCACCAACUUCCUCAACAUGAUCCUGCAAGCAAACAGGUCCAGGGAAAAAAACCUCCGAGGGGACAUCGAAUGGUACCACGCGUUAGUUAGGAGCAUUUUGGAAGGGGACCCCAAAAUUCAGAGGGCCAUGGUCACCUUCAACGAGGAACCCGUGUCGUCAGGUCCACAUGUGUUACUGCAAGCCACCAGAACAGACAGCGAAAUAGUACUCCAAGACUUGUCCUCCACGGCCCACCGCUUAAGAAACAAGACGCUGGAAACAGAGUGGUUCAAUGAGUUCAAAUCCAGGAGGAAGCCUCACCUGCACAGGAGGGUGUUGAUCCACGACAUCGCGUCGCUGGAUGCUUCACUGAGAAGAGGAGACAGUUACGUGGUUGAUAAAACUCACAUCAAGUGGUCUGCACCUUACCUUGAGUGUCAAAAUGGAAAUUUUAUCCCCCAUUGGCUUCUUACUCUAUCGGCUGGAUUCUAUGGACUUAGACCAAACCUCAUCCCCGAAUUCAGGGGUGUGGUUAGGGUGGACAUUAACCUCCAAGAUGUGGACAUUGACCAGUGCUCCAGUGAUGGAUGGUUUGCAGGAACUCAUAGGUGCCACUUGAACAGCACAGAGUGCAAACCAAUUAAAGGACUUGGAUUUGUUCUUGAUGCGUACCAAUGCGUCUGCAGACAUGGAUUCUACCAUCCCAGUCGACUCUCAGUCAAUGGCUAUACAAAGAAAGCAAAAGAAAAUCCAGUUUCUGGGAGCCCAUAUGAAGAGGAGUUGUCUGAUGGAGUGCACGAGUGUCUGCCCUGCAGAGCAGGAUGUUCUUACUGCACAGACGAGAGCCCCUGCUAUGCCCAGGAGGAUGGGUACUUACGGAUAUCUAUCCUUUCCUUCCAUGCAGUCUGCAUGCUGAUGGAUUUCAUCAGCAUGCUGGUUGUCUAUCAUUUUCGGAGAAACAAGAGCAUCCGAGCUUCGGGUUUGGUUCUUCUGGAAACCAUUCUGUUUGGAGGCUUGCUUCUUUACUUUCCUGUUAUUAUUCUAUACUUUCCGCCGAGCAUAUUCCGAUGUAUUCUUCUGAGAUGGGUUCGUCUUCUCGGCUUUGCUAUUGUUUAUGGAACAGUGACUCUCAAGCUCUUCAGAGUUCUAAAGGUGUUCCUGUCCCGAACAGCGCAGAGAAUUCCCUACAUGACGAGCUGGCGAGUGCUCAGAAUGCUGGCAGUGAUUCUGCUCAUUGUAUGCUGGUUUCUGAUUUCCUGGACCUCUGCUGUCUGUCAGAACAUGGAUAGGAAUGUGUCCUUCAUUGUUGAUGGGAGAACUUCAGACAACCUGCAGUUUAAAAGGUGUCUGCUGGACCGUUGGGACUACAUGAUGGCCAUUGCUGAAUUUCUUUUCCUCUUGUGGGGAGUUUAUCUCUGCUAUGCCGUACGGACAGUGCCAUCAGCAUUUCAUGAGCCACGUUACAUGGCCGUUGCUGUCCAUAAUGAACUCAUUAUCUCUGCAAUAUUCCAUAUCAUUAGGUUCACUGUAGCCUCUACACUUCAUCCAGACUGGAUGCUUAUGCUCUUCUUUGCUCACACACACUUGACAGUGACUGCUUCCUUGGGGUUGCUGCUAUUACCUAAGUUCCUGCUAGCAAGGACUAACCCGAGAGACGACACUGCUGCUGAAGCCUAUGAGGAUGACCUUGAUUUAGGCAGGUCGGGGUCCUAUCUGAACAGCAGCAUUGCUUCAGCCUGGAGUGAGCACAGCCUGGAUCCAGAUGACAUCCGGACGCCAGAUGAAAUGGGCCAGCUCAGUUCUAGUAAUGGCUGUGGCGUAAGGUCAUGCGACAGUCUUUUGGAAAAACGUACCAAUGAAGAACUGAAGAAACUUUAUUCUCAGCUUGAAAUCUAUAAGAGGAAGAAGAUGGUUGCCAACAAUCCACACUUGCAGAAGAAAAGAAGUUCUAAGAAGGGGCUUGGCCGCACCAUAAUGAGGCGCAUUACUGAGAUUCCAGAGACUGUAAGCAGACAGUGCAGCCGGGAAGACAAGGAAUUGGGGGAUCAUACUAGUGCCAGAAACAGCAUCAGCACUUUGAGGAGAAACCCCUUUGACCCUGCGCACUCCAGCACAAAAACCAAAGAGGAGUCUUUGAAAAGCAAAGCCUUCUCCAUCAAGAAGUCACACAGCAGCUAUGAUCACGUAAGGGACCAGAGCGAGGACUCCAGCAGCCCCACCACUGAGAAGAUGGAAGUUUCUAACACUGAGAGCUCCCUCUUAGAUACCUUAAUGGGCAAGGGGAAACAGGAGAAAAAGUCAACAGAGAAUAUUGAGGCUGAAUCCACGGAAUCUCUUCCAUUAGUUUGCAAAUCUGCCAGUGCACACAAUUUGACCGCAGAUAAGAAACCUUUGCACCCUAGAACAUCCAUGUUGCAGAAAUCCCUCAGUGUUAUUGCCAGUGCCAAGGAGAGAACCCUGGGGCUCACAGGAAAAGCCCCAAGCCUUGAGGAAAACAGCAGACAGCAGAAGAGUCAGCAGAAGGGGAGAGAGUCCAACAAGCCUCACUCUGAGAAAAGCGACCACCAGCAGAAAAAUGUCGCCAGCCAAGCAGAGGAGGCUAAAAAGUCCAAUAAACAAGGAAUCAUGAAGCCCCAGGGGAGUAGCAGUCAGCCUUCUCUCAGCCCUGACCCAGGGAAGACAGGAUCCAAAGAUCAGUUUGAUGUGGCUGAGGUUUGCCCAUGGGAGGUUCAGGACCUCCCUCCCACUCCACCAGAAAAUAAGGUCCAGAAGCACGUAUCCAUUGCUCCGAUGGAAUCUGCAUCAGCCCAUGGGUCCCACGCAAAGGGUAAAUCACAGAACAAGCAGAAAGCUACAGAGAAUUCAUCUUCACAAAUUAAACCGUCAACUCAGAAGAACCUUGACAAGUCAGAAAUAUGCCCUUGGGACUUUGAGGAGCCCCAGAAUUUGAUAGAGGGGUCUAAACCACUGGCAAACCACCAGUCUGUGCCGCCCCUUUCUAAAGGCGAGCACUCUAGUAAAGCUCAGAAGGCUGAGAUUUGCCCUUGGGAGUUUGAAGAGAUGGUAGGCCGAGGAGUUGAAGCUAGACAACCAGAGUCAGACAAGAUCAAGCAAGGGGGGCAGAAAAAGAAUGCAUUCCCAGUUGAAGGUGAGGAACUUCUGUCAGAUGCCUCAAAAUCUAACAGCAGCUCACAGAUGCCUACACCCAAAAAAGCAGAAGUCUGCCCGUGGGAUUAUGACACUGAGUUGUCACCUAAUUCUGACACGAUUGCUGCCCCCACUGCCUUUUUGAAAACAAAAGACACAACUCAGAAGAAGAAAGGACUGUUUUCAAUUUCAAAAGAUAAGGAAAGGGGGCGAGACAGGGAUGAUGAAAAGGGCAAAGCCAAGAGCAGAGAGAAGGCUGCGUUUACAAAAGGUACACAGAAACCUGUCAGCCAAUCAAAACUCGCAGAAGUGUGUCCCUGGGAAACUGAAAGCAGCCUGGAUACUUCAACACAGGAAAGAAAAAGCACAUUGAAUGAACUGAGUGCAGCCAAGAGCAAACAAGCAGAUAUUUGCCCCUGGGAAAUUGAGGGCAUUCCUGAUACUAAAGAACUUGACAGAAAUACUUGUAGAGAAAAAUUGAAUCCAAAUUCCAAAGGGGGAGCAGCUGGUCAAACCAGAUUGGCUGAGGUUUGUCCAUGGGACUUUGAUGACCAAACAACUGGCAAUAAUGCAUGACACUUCACAUGUUUUCAAUUCAGCAUAUUCAUUGCUCAUGCAGUUUUUCUUUUUCACAUGAUGAACCUCAUAAACCCCAAAAGACAAAGAGAAGUAACAGGAAUGAACAGAAGGGAGGUUUUACCUAGGUUGCCUUUUUCCUCCAAAUAUCAUUAGUUUUUUUCUUCCUUUUAACAAACUGUCACGUCUGAUAUAAAGCAUUCCAGAUUGAUACCGAGUAUUUCUGAAUUUUUGCUGAUGUAUGACAAUAUUCUAAUAUUUCAAAUUAUGCAACUGUACGGCACUUUUACUGCUACAUAAAAUACCAGUUUUAACUGUACAGUACUUUCAGCUUCAUUCACAUUUAAUACGUGUACACAUGGCCACUGAUGCCAUAAGUUGUUUUACAUUGCUGUUUUAUUUGUUGUGGUUUAUAUGGUGGAUCUUCUGUUCUGUCUAUUGUUUACAGAUCCCAGUAUAUAUCCUUCAAAAUUAUAGUUUAAUAAUGAAUAUUAUUCAGGGUUUUUUAUAUAGUGAAUUUAUAUGCUUUGAUUUUCCCACCAGAGGUAUGCAUACCCUUGGUUUAUAUUGCAUUCAGUGGUCCUUCCAAGAAUCCAUUUAUCUUAAAGCAGGGGUCUCCAAUCCUGGGUCUGGAGGGCUGGUGUCCCUUAUUAGAAGGUUAAUCGGUCCAAUUAAGUAAUUUAAAGUAAGUUGGAACAAAAACCAGGAGGCACAGCGGCCCUCCAGGACCAGGAUUGGAGACCCCUGUCUUAAAGUGUAAAUUACUUACCGUAAUGAUUUGUUUAUAUGUGUUUUAGGUGAGUAAAGCUAAUUCAGUCAGUUAUGUCUGUACAUUUGUAUUAUAAGAAAAGCAAAUAUUACAUUUCUUUAAAACUAUUAAGGCUGAAGCAUAGUAUAUUUAUGUAGGCGUGUCUUAGUUAGAGCAUUCAUAUUAUACAAAGUGCUAGAAAUAUAAUCAAACAGUACUUUACAGCUUCUUAUUUCUUUACAAAAGAAUGCCAUGCAACUUGGUGGAAUCAUGGUCAACAGUGUGUGGAUAGCGUGUUAUAAAAAGUAGCUCAAUCAGAUAUAACCCUUGUGAAUAUCAUUCUAUUGGACUUCAAUGUCAUGUCUAAGUCUUUAGUCGUUUUUAUUGCUGUACAGUACAUGAAAAGCCUUUCACUUCUGGGUUACAAGUUCAGAACCAGUCAAGACUCGAAUGCAAGCUGGAGUGCUAUGUGAAACUGCAUUCUCCAGUUCUGAAUAGACAUGUAUACACACCACUAAAAACACUAUCACAAUCAGUAAUAAACAAUUAUUUUGUUCAAAUUUGCUCAGAGGGAAAGCUUGUGUAAGCAUGGAGAAUGAACUACCAUUCAGCCCACACAUCAUUGUUUUAAAUCAGGCUUUUCCCAUUAUAAUACUGUACUAUGCACCACCAUACUUAAAUAUGUUUUCUUUGUAGUUCCCAGGGAUUUCCCAUGCUUAACCAUGCUUUCACUUUGCUUUGAAUAUAGUAUCAUACUUUUACCAGUUAUCUGCAAUAAAAUGUGUAUAAAUGGAGGUUGAGGUUGGUGGGGCUGAGUGGGAAACUUGGCUAGAAUAUACUACACCUGCUUGCAGUACUUCAGUGUCCAGUGUUGACAAUCUGUCACCUUUAUAAAUCAGUUAUGCUUGUUAUGUCUUUUAUCUGUGUAAUAAACAGAAUGCUUUGUUUAAUGAUUACUCCUUCAAAUGUCCUAUUUAACCACGUGCUGUGUCAGAGCCAUUCAAUGCCAGGUUUAUCUGGGUAUAAUUAAAAAAAAAAAAAAUCAGCCGGAUUUGAAAAAGUCCAGUUGGUAGAAAUUUUACUCAGCUAAUUUAGUAAUAAUAACUUGUUCUAAUUGAAUGUGCUAAUUGUUCUAUUUUAGAUUAUUUUUGCCUUGCUCUUUUGCAUGAAAACAAGAAUUGGUAGGACUGACAUUUCACUGCCCUAAAUAACUUUAGCUAUUGGACUGUUAUGAAUUGUAUAGUGAGUGAAACUGUACCUUACCCACUGUAUUCUGUGCUUGUUAUAAUAAUCCUCUAUGACGAGCUAUAGCAUCCACCUGAAAAUAUUUGGUAGAUUUAUAUUGUGUUGUGAUAGCAUGUAAAUAAAAUAUCUUCUCUGCAAUAAACAUUUAUAUAAA